AUGAAUCAAUCAUUAUUCUCAUUCCUCUUCUUAUUCUCCUUCUUCUCAUUCCUCUUCUUAUUCUCCUUCUUCUCAUUCCUCUUCUUAUUCUCCUUCUUCUCAUUCCUCUUCUUAUUCUCCUUCUUCUUAUUCUCCUUCUUCUCAUUCCUCUUCUUAUUCUCCUUCUUCUCAUUCCUCUUCUUAUUCUCCUUCUUCUCAUUCCUCUUCUUAUUCUCCUUCUUUCUCAUUUCCUCUUCUUAUUUCUCUUAUUCUCCCUUCUCAUUCCUCUUCUUAUUCUCCUUCUUCUCAUUCUCCUUCUUCUCAUUCCUCUUCUUAUUCUUCUUCUAUUCUCCUUCUUCUCAUUCCUCUUCUUAUUCUCCUUCUUCUUAUUCUCCUUCUUCUCAUUCUCUUCUUAUUCUCCUUCUUCUCUCUUCUUAUUUCCUUCUUCUCAUUCCUCUUCUUAUUCUCCUUCUUCUUAUUCUCCUUCUUCUCAUUCCUCUUCUUAUUCUCCUUCUUCUCAUUCCUCUUCUUAUUCUCCUUCUUCUCAUUCUCCUUCUUCUCAUUCCUCUUCUUAUUCUCCUUCUUCUCAUUCCUCUUCUUAUUCUCCUUCUUCUCAUUCCUCUUCUUAUUCUCCUUCUUCUCAUUCCUCUUCUUAUUCUCCUUCUUCUCAUUUCUUCUUAUUUCUUCAUUCUCCUUCUUCUCAUUCCUCUUCUCAUUCUCCUUCUUCUCAUUCCUCUUCUCAUUCUCUUCUCAUUCUUCUCAUUCUCCUUCUUCUCUUCUCAUUCUCCUUCUUCUCAUUCUCUUCUUAUUCUCCUUCUUCUCAUUCUUAUUCUCCUUCUUUCAUUCUUAUUCUCCUUCUUCUCAUUCCUCUUCUUAUUCUCCUUCUUCUCAUUCCUUCUCCUUCUUCUUAUUCUCCUUCUUCUCAUUCCUCUUCUUAUUCUCCUCUCUUCUCAUUCCUUAUUCUCCUUCUUCUCAUUCCUCUUCUUAUUCUCCUUCUUCUCAUUCCUCUUCUCAUUCUCCUUCUUCUCAUUCCUCUUCAUUUUUCUUCUCAUUAUUUUUCUCAUUCUCCUUUUCUCAUUAUUCUUCUUAUUCUCCUUCUUUUUAUUUUUUCUUCCUCCUCAUUAUUCUUUUUCAUUAUUCUUUUUUUAUUUUUUUCUUAUUCUCUUUCUUAUUAUUUUCUUCUCAUUAUUCUUUUCUUCCUCUCAUUAUUCUUAUUCUUCUACUUUUGAUUUUUCUUCUCACUAUUGUAUUAUUUUUCUCAUUAUUUUUUUUUAUUCUUUUUCUUAUUCUUCUUCUCCUCUUUAUUCUUUUUCUGCUCUAUUCUUUUUUCAUUCUUUUUUCUCCUUUUCUUUUUCAUCUUUUUCCACUUGUUUCUCAUUCUUUUUUCAUUUUUCUUUUCCUUUUCUUCUCAUUCCUCUUUUUCACUUCUUUUCUUCUCAUUCCUCUUUUUCACUUCUUUUCUUCUCAUUCCUCUUUUUCACUUCUUUUCUUCUCAUUCCUCUUUUUCACUUCUUUUCUUCUCAUUCCUCUUUUUCACUUCUUUUCUUCUCAUUCCUCUUUUCACUUUUUUUUCUUCUCUUUUUUCACUUCUUUUCUUCUCAUUUCUUUUCACUUCUUUUCUUCUCAUUCCUCUUUUUCACUUCUUUUCUUCUCAUUCCUCUUUUUCACUUCUUCUCAUUCCUCUUUUUCACUUCUUCUCAUUCCUCUUUUUUCUUCUUUUCUUCUCAUUCCUUUUUUUUCACUUCUUCUCAUUCCUCUUUUUUUUCUUUUCUUCUCAUUCCUUUUUUUUCUUUUCUUCUCAUUCCUCUUUUUCACUUCUUCUCAUUCCUCUUUUUCACUUCUUCUCAUUCCUCUUUUUCACUUCUUCUCAUUCCUCUUUUUCACUUCUUCUCAUUCCUCUUUUUCACUUCUUCUCAUUCCUCUUUUUCACUUCUUCUCAUUCCUCUUUUUCACUUCUUUUCUCAUUCCUCUUUUUUCUUCUUCUUCUCAUUCCUCUUUUCACUUCUUUUCUUCUCAUUCCUCUUUUCCUUUUUUUCAUUCUUCUUUUCUUCUCAUUCCUCUUUUCACUUCUUUUCUUCUCAUUCCUCUUUUUCACUUCUUUUCUUCUCAUUCCUCUUUUUCACUUCUUUUCUUCUCAUUCCUCUUUUUCACUUCUUUUCUUCUCAUUCCUCUUUUUCACUUCUUUUCUUCUCAUUCCUCUUUUUCACUUCUUCUCAUUCCUCCUCCUCUUUUCCUCUGAUUCUUUUUUCUCCUUCUUCUUUUUUCUCCUCUUUUCAUCUCCUUCUUCUUUUUUCUCCUCUUUCCUCUGAUUCUUUUUUCUCCUUCUCCUUUUUUCUCCUCUUUUCAUCUCCUUCUCCUUUUUUCUCCUCUUUUCAUCUCAUUCUUUUUUUUAUUCUUAUUUUCAACAAUAACCUUUCAAAAUCCUCACCCAGUCCGAAAAUGAGUGAUCGGAUCAAGGUGGGAACCCGUGUGGAGGUUAUUGGUAAAGGGGUGUUUGGAAAAGUGGCUUAUAUUGGGACCACUCUCUUCUCCACAGGCAAAUGGGUUGGAGUUGUUUUGGAUGAACCGAAAGGCAAGAACAAUGGAACAGUGCAGGGAAAGACUUACUUUCAGAGCCCUGAGAAUCAUGGCAUCUUUGUACGUCAAUCCCAGAUUCGUCUAAAAAGCCAGAUCCAGGCUGUGGAUAGUCCAGAUAGUGCCCCAACAACACCUAUCUCCACCACCUCUAAAGAAGUAACCACUCCAUCAGAAGUCAAAAAAAUAAACCGAAGAUCCGGUAUCAGACCACCAAGUUUUAUUGGCAAAAGCACAGAGAACAUUGCUGAUUCUGAGUCGCGGUCAAGUUCUAAAGAAGCAAGUCCCUCAACCAGCAUGAUGGAAAUCAGCAUGACAUCUAGCCAGGGCAGUAUGUCCUCUAGUCGUGAGAGCAGUGGCAUUCCCACCAGGACCUCUCGCAGCAGAGAGACUACCCCUAGUGAAGAUAAGGCCAUGUCCUUGUCUACAGAAAGUUCAGCUCCAGUUUCUCAGGCAGCAGCAGCUGAUGUGAGUGCUAUGAGAGCUCCAAUGGAAGACAAAGUGGCGGUCAUGCAGGCUGAACAGGAAAAUGCUGGCCUUAAAGCUGAAAUUAGGGACCUUAAUGAAAAACUGGAAACUCUUAAGAUGAAACGUGCUGAAGAUAAAACCAAACUAAAGGAGUUUGAGAAAUUGAAAAUUGAAAUGCAAGUUAUGACAGAGAAUAAAGUCAAAAUGAAGGAAAUCAAUAAUGAAUUAAAUCGGAAACUUCAGACAGCUGAAAAGGAGGUCCGAGAUAUCCGAGAUGAAUAUGACCGUUACAAAGACGAAAUGGCUGACUUGGCUGAAACUGUUGAAAUUGCCACAUUAGAUAAGGAAAUGGCAGAAGAAAAAUGUGAAGGUCUCCAGCAAGAAUUGGAAUCCCUAAAAGAAAAACUGGAAGAGCUAACUUUGGACCAUGAUAUUUUAGAAAAUGAGAUCAAGGCGAAAGGUACUGAGGGGGUUGCCACUGACUACGAGAUUAGGCAACUGGAACUUCAGAAUGAAAGACUCAAAGAAGCCCUGGUCAAAAUGCGAGAUUUAUCAAAUCAGGAAAAACAUGACAGCCAGAAACUAACAAAGCAAAUAGAGAAACAACAAAAUGAAUUGACAGGCCUGAAGAAAGAUAAAGAAAAGCAACAGAAUGAAAUUUCAGAUUUACAAAACCAAACAAUUGAACUGAAGGAGCAAGUGGAUGCUGCUCUGGGAGCUGAAGAAAUGGUAACCAUGUUGACAGAAAAAAACCUGAAGUUAGAAGAAAGAAUUGAGCAGAUGGAAGAGGAAAAAUCAGAUUUGGAAGCUCUUCAUGAGAUGAAUGAAGAAUUGCAAGAGAAUGCAAGGGAAACAGAAUUGGAACUGCGUGAAGAAUUAGAUCUGGCAAAUGGACGAUUGCUUGAGACAAAACGUAAACUGGAAGCUGCAUGGGAAAGUAUGGCUGACUAUGAUAAAACCAUAUCUAAAUUCAGAGAUUUGGUUAGCCAACUUCAAGAGGUUCUCUUUUCUCUUUCUUUUCUCUUUCUUUUCUCUUUCUUCUCUUUCUUUUCUUCUCUUUCUUUUCUUCUCUUUCUUUUCUCCUUUCUCUUUCUUUUCUCCUUUCUCUUUCUUUUCUCCUUUCUCUUUCUUUUCUCUUUCUUUUCUCUUUCUUUUCUCUUUCUUUUCUCUUUCUUUUCUCUCUCUUUUCUCUCUCUUUUCUCUUUCUUUUCUCUUUUCUCUUUCUUUUCUCUUUCUUUUCUCUUUUCUCUUUCUUUUCUCUUUUUCUCUUUCUUUUCUCUUUCUUUUCUCUUUCUCUUUCUUUUCUCUUUUCUCUUUCUUUUCUUUUCUCUUUUCUCUUUCUUUUCUCUUUUCUCUUUCUUUUCUCUUUUCUCUUUCUUUUCUCUUUCUUUUCUCUUUUCUCUUUCUUUUCUCUUUUCUCUUUCUUUUCUCUUUUCUCUUUCUUUUUCUCUUUCUUUUCUCUUUUCUCUUUCUUUUCUCUUUUCUCUUUUCUUUUCUUUCUUUUUCUUUUCUUUCUCUUUUCUCUUUCUUUUCUCUUUUCUCUUUCUUUCUUUCUUUCUUUUUCUCUUUCUCCUUUCUUUUCUUUCUUUUCUCUUUCUUUCUCUUUUCUCUUUCUUUUCUCUUUCUUUUCUCUUUCUUUCUUUUCUUUCUUUCUUUUUCUUUCUUUUCUCUUUUUCUCUUUCUUUUUCUUUUUUCUUUUUUGUUUUCUCUUUUCUCUUCUUUCUUUUCUUCUUUCUUUUCUUUUUUUUUCUUUUCUCUUUCUUUUUUCUUUCUUUUCUCUUUCUUUUCUCUUUCUUUCUUUCUCUUUUCUCUUUCUUUUCUUUCUUUUCUCUUUCUUUCUUUCUUUUCUCUUUUUCUUUUUCUUUCUCUUUCUUUUUUCUCUUUCUUUUUUCUCUUUUCUUUUUCUUUCUCUUUUCUCUUUCUUUUUCUUUUUUCUCUUUCUUUUUCUUUUUUCUCUUUCUUUUCUUUUUUUUUCUUUUUUCUUUUUUCUCUUUCUUUUCUUUCUUUUCUCUUUCUUUUUUUCUCUUCUCUUUCUUUUCUCUCUUUUUUUCUCUUCUCUUUCUUUUCUCUCUUUUUGUUUCUCCUCUAGAUGACAACAAAGAACUUCGCAGCAAGCAAGCAGAAGCUGAACAGAAACAUGAUACUCCAACAUUGGAAGUGUUUGAUUUUAAAACCAAAUUUGCUGAAAACAAAGCCUAUGCCAAGACCAUCGACAUGGAAUUGCGUAAACUUGAUGUUCUACAGGCCAAUUCCCAUGUUUCGUUGUUACAGAUAUUUAUGCCAGAUACAUUUAUGAAGACAGGUGACAGUGAUGCCAUCCUUGCUGUAUUGCUUGUUCCUCGUACCAUAAGCAAAGCUGAUUUGCUUAUCUCCCACGUAAAAGAUAAGUUUGAUGUAACAGAUGCCAUCACUCGGGAUGAUGUGUUUAAGACCCACCGAGGCACACAGGUUAGCUAUGCGAAUCACCUGAUUAUGUUGCUGCAUAUUUUUGUCAGAGUGCUCAGGCAGUUUGAAAGUGCUUUGAAAACAUGCAGUGUGGAAUUACUUUUGAAAAUCAGCACUCUUGUACCAGAGAUGGCAAUCCAUGAAAAGGCACUUGAUUACUUUAUUGACAUGCUUCGAAAGGAUCAGUUGGAUGAAACAGUUUCCCUUGAUUAUUUUGAGAAAAGUUUGGCGUACUUCCAACAAUUGUAUAGUGUGCAUUUGUCCAAUGAAAAGGUGGACUGUACAUACUUGAUAGGCGAUCAAGUCCGUCUUGCUUUGGCCGCGUGUGAUUGCAUUCAAGUUGAUAUUUCCCGUCUGAAAAUGCUUUUGCAGCCUGGGGAAGAAAAAAGUGAAUUUUCUAUUUUAUUACGAGAUUUGGAAACUUGUAAUAAUGACACGCGAAUGUGUGCCAAAAAAAUUCGAAGGCGUUUGCCACAGCAGGAUGCUCCAACUACAGUUUCCCCAUUGAUGUAUCCUAAGGAGAUUCAGAACCUUCUGCUAGACAGUGGAAUGAACAUUGUACGUGUGUCCAAGACCCUGCGGCAUGUAGCCCUAGGAGCCAUGGUCCAAGAGGCCGUCCUUACAAGUUCAAGGCAAAAAUCCCAAACGGAUGAUAAUGAAGGUGUAAAGCCUAAACAAAUGGAAGAAUUGGCUUAUGAAGGAACAGACAAAGUGUAUGGAAAAGAAGACAGUGGCCCAUAUGAGUGUCUACGAUUGUCAUUUGGUACUGUCGUUGGCACAAUGAACAAAGUAGCCAAUGCGAUGGAGAAUGGUGAAUAUGAUUUCGAUGGCACCCAUGAUAAGAAGACUCAGCCCCCAAUCUACGAGCGGGCUAAUAUUGUCAAGUCUCGUAUUGCGGAUAUAGAAUCAAUGAAGAAUAAACUUGACAAGAAGGAAGAAGAUAUUAAAGAUCUGAAAAUGCAACUGAAACUUAAGCAAGAGACACUGAGCCAACAGCAAUUGAAAGUGAAGGUGGCUGAGAAGAAACUGGAAACGGCUACAAAAGAAUUUGAAGAUGAAGGCAAGAAACUGAAGCAACAAGUUGAGGAUCUACAGGCACAGUUGGAGAAAGAACAAAAGAUGUAUGAAGAGAAUGUUCGCAUGAUGCAGGAAGAUAUUGACCACCUUCAAGAAGAACGGUUAGCGUUGGAGAACAAAUACAAGAAUGCAACACGCAAACAUCUGAUGGACGGCCUGUCGCGUAACAACACUGGUGGUACAACCCCACCUGCUACCACACCUGUCAGUGUACAAGAGUCACCAAUGCUUAAGCAACAAAUUUCCAGUUUGAAGGAAGCUUUAAACCAUUUGAUAAGAGAAAAUAUCCGACUAAAGGGAGGCAGACUCCGGGAUCAAAUGGCCAAAUUGCCACCUCUCUUUGUGCCCAAGAAACCUACUGGACUCACAAGUAAAACUGGAUUGGUCAAAAUAGGAGAACUUCCUGAUGAUGUUCCUGGUAAGACAGAAUUAAACAACUUGACCAUCAGAGCUACUCAGCUAAUGAACCAAGCUAACCUCCUCAGUUCCUGUCCGGUUAUUAUAGAUAUCACCCAAAGAAAACCAGGUGAGAAACCUGUUACGCAGACAGCCAGUCCCAGUACUCAGUUAGUAAGACAAGUUGCUAAGUUGGUAGAACUUGAGAAAAAUACUCAGGAGCUUCAAGUACAGGUGACUAAUUUCUUGGCUGCCAAUCGAACAGGAGGUCAAGUCCGAACUGACUUUUCAGCAUUUCCAACUCCAGAAUAUGCUCGGGUAUUGAAAGAAAAAAGCCUGGAUUGCUUGUUGUUGGGCCAGAUCAUGAUCCCAACCCCUGGUUGUAAGAGUGAAGUCAUCCCUGUCAAUGUCCAACCACACCAGAUUCACAGCAUCCACAACAAACUUAUUUCUUUCCACUUCUUUUUUCUACGCGUCAUUCUAUUUCUUUAUAUCUUUCUUUCCUUCUUUCGAUUCCUUUCCUCUUUCCUUCUUUUUUCUUUCCGUCAUUCUCUUUCUUUCUUUUCUUUCUUUCUUUCUUUUUCUUUCUUUCAUUCUUUCUUUCGAUUCCUCUCCUCUUUUCUUCACGUCAUUCUCUUUCUUUCUUUCUUUCUUUCUAUUCCUUUCCUCUUUCGUUUUUCUUUCUACGUGCCAUUCUUUUUCUUUCUUUCCUUCUUUCGAUUAUUUUCCUCUUCUUUUUUCUUCACGUCAUUCUUUCAUUCUUUCUUUCUUUCUUUCUUUCUACGUGCCAUUCUUUUUCUUUCUUUCCUUCUUUCGAUUAUUUUCCUCUUCUUUUUUCUUCACGUCUUUCUUUCUUUCUUUCUUUCUUUCUUUCGAUUCCUUUCCUCUUUCCUUCUUUUUCUACGCGUCAUUCUUUUCUUUCUUUCUUUCUUUCUUUCUUUCUUUCUUUCUUUCUUAUGCAGACUGAUCUGUACCCGUUUUAAAUACCCACUUCAUAAACAGCAAACGAAGCUAUCAAUGACGAUCAUAAAGAGAAGGUGUGGCGCAUUGCCACAUCGGGCUGGCCUGACCCUACACACAGUAUCCAGCAUGCAAUCUUUCGGCAAAGUCCCUCCUUCAGCUUGGCCUUUCCUCCCGCCCCGAUGUCCCCGAGUGCAGAUGCGCGAAAUGGAUAAUAUUAUCAUUAUCUAUCUAUCUAUCUAUCUAUCUAUCUAUCUAUCUAUCUAUCUAUCUAUCUAUCUGUCUCCGUCUUUUCAUAUCUAUCUAUCUAUCUAUCUAUCUAUCUAUCUAUCUAUCUCAAUCUUUUCAUAUCUAUCUCAGUCUUUUCUCUCUCUCUCUCUCUCUCUCUCUCUCUCUCUCUCUCUCUCUAUCUCAAUCUAUUCAUAUCUAUUUAUCUGUCUCGGUCUUUUCAUAUCUAUCUAUCUAUCUAUCUAUCUAUCUAUCUAUCUAUCUAUCUAUCUAUCUAUCUAUCUCAGUCUAUUCAUACCUAUUCAUCUAUUUCAGUCUUUUUAUCUCAUCUAUCUAUCUAUCUAUCUAUCUAUCUAUCUAUCUAUCUAUCUAUCUAUCUAUCUCAGUCUCUUCAUAUUUAUCUAUCUGAAACAGUCUACUCAUAUCUAUCUCUCUCAAUCUUGGUACAGGGAUCCGACCAUUUUCCAUCUAUCUAUCUAUCUAUCUAUCUAUCUAUCUAUUUAUCUAUCUAUCUAUCUAUCUAUCUAUCUAUCUAUCUAUCUAUUAAUUUUCUCUCACCUCUCUCUUUCUCUCUCCCCACAUCUAUCUAUCUAUCUAUCUAUCUAUCUAUCUAUCUAUCUAUCUAUCUAUCUAUCUAUUAAUUUUCUCUCACCUCUCUCUUUCUCUCUCCCCACAUCUAUCUAUCUAUCUAUCUAUCUAUCUAUCUAUCUAUCUAUCUAUCUAUCUAUCUAUCUAUUAAUUAUCUAUCUAUCUAUCUAUCUAUCUAUCUAUCUAUCUAUCUAUUAA